AUGUACUUCUCAAAGGUGAUGUCGGGGUGCGUGGAUCUCCGUGGACCGCGCGCCGGUGCGCCACCAGCUUCCUACGACCCCCUGCCCCCGAUCUGGACCCACCCCGACCCUCAAUCUGUCACCCGCGCAGGCCCCGGGCCCCUGAACCGCGCCUCCACCCGGACGGCGGCCGCCAAGAAGGAGCUGAUGAUGUGGGAGUCCCUGCGCGAGGCGCUGGACGAGGAGAUGGAGCGCGACCCCACGGUCUGCCUGAUGGGCGAGGACGUGGGCCACUAUGGCGGCUCCUACAAGGUCUCCUACGGCCUGCACAAGAAGUACGGCGACAUGCGCCUGCUGGACACCCCCAUCUGCGAGAACGGGUUCAUGGGCAUGGGUGUGGGCGCGGCGAUGACGGGGCUGCGCCCCAUCGUGGAGGGCAUGAACAUGGGCUUCCUGCUCCUGGCAUUCAACCAGAUCUCCAACAACUGCGGCAUGCUGCACUACACCAGCGGCGGCCAGUUCAAGGUGCCCAUGGUCAUCCGCGGGCCCGGGGGCGUGGGGCGGCAGCUGGGCGCGGAGCACUCCCAGCGCCUGGAGAGCUACUUCCAGAGCAUCCCGGGGGUGCAGCUCGUGGCGGUGUCCACCGCCAAGAACGCCAAGGCCCUGCUCAAGGCCGCCAUCCGCUCCGACAACCCCAUCAUCUUCUUCGAGCACGUGCUGCUGUACAACGUCAAGGGCGAGGUGGAGGGCCCCGAAUACACCCAGUGCCUGGAGCGCGCCGAGAUAGUUCGCGAGGGCACUGACGUGUCCAUCUUCUGCUACUCGCGCAUGCGCUACGUGGUGAUGCAGGCGGUGAAGCAGCUGGAGAAGGAGGGGUACAACCCGGAGGUGGUGGACCUCAUCUCCCUCAAGCCCUUCGACAUGCAGACCAUCAGCCGGUCGGUCAAGAAGACGCGCCGCGCCAUCAUCGUGGAGGAGUGCAUGAAGACCGGCGGCAUCGGCGCCUCCCUCUCCGCGGUCAUCCACGAGUCGCUGUUCAACGACCUGGACCACGAGGUGGUGCGCCUCUCCUCCCAGGACGUGCCCACCGCCUACGCCUACGAGCUGGAGGCGGCCACCAUCGUGCAGCCGGAGAAGGUCGUGGCGGCGGUGCACAGGGUGGUCGGCGCGCCCGCCGGCGUGGCCUACGCCUAG